AUUGACAGUGCAUAUGAGACUUGAGAGGUUGAUGUACAGUAGGUCUACGUUGAGUACAGUAGAUAUGUAGGGGCAUAGCAUGCAGCUUGCUGCAAACUGGAUACUCCACCAAAUCAGUGACUUCUUUGAUGAGAAAGUCACGUUCUCUCGUCCACAAACAGCCAUAUAAACGGCCGUCCGGGCUAGGACUGCAAACUAAUCUUCGUCCAUUCUCCCAAACCUCACUUCUCAGUCGCUCUUACCUUCAGUGUUGUCUCCCCUCCCAAGCGUCCUGAACAGUUUCGACCAGCUUUCCGGUUUGCCGAACCGUCUUUGCAGUGUGAUCACCUCUCGUGGGAAGUCUUCAUCUCACCGCUUCGAAACAAGUCUCGAUUUGCUACAUUCAGCUACGUGACCAAGUGAAACCAUCAACAAGAACGAUGUCUCCACUGCCGAUUCUUAGCAUAGCAAACUUCAUCUUGGUGUUGCCAAUGAUGGUGCAAGUUGAGGCCAACCCACUGUCACGUCCGCAAGAACUUCAGCGUAUAGGCAACGAGUUUGGCCGACCGGCACAUGAUGUUGGACGAUUCAAUGACAGGUUUCCCGGCAGAAUUGUCGACAAUGUGGAUGGAGAUCGAUUAAACUUAGUCGAUGUGUUCCGAACUCCGUCACCCGAAGAUACUCAAGCAACGCCGCCGCCAUCCACAACUCCAGAGAAUAGCCAUGAGAAAUCUCUACUGGACAGUGAAGAAGAAGGCAGCUUGAUCCCGUGCCAAACGAGAAACAAGACCAUUGUCAUUGAGAAGAAAGGCUGCACAUCGGUGAAGGUUGACGUCAAAGUCUGCAGCGGCAUGUGUGUCACGGAUGUGAACUCACAGAAGCGAUUCCCAUACUUCAGCCCAGUCUGUCGCAACUGCCAGCCGGAGAGGGCGUCGAUACAGUACGUCGAGGUGCAUCAAGUAUGCAUCAGUGGCAAGAACGGCAAGAAAUCCCGCGUGUUCAAGUACAAGCUUCCCAGCGCACAGCGCUGCAAAUGCCAAAUGUGUUUCAGCGACUAUGCGCUCAAAUUCCCCGCCAUGAAAGUCCGUAUGCCUUUAGGAACCUACCCAACAGAUGCCGCCAACUAGAAUUGAAGACAACACACUCCUUCUGACUGCCCCGAUUCGCCUGCAUGUUCCACAAAGCAUUGACAAACUUUGCCUUGAAUGGUCUCAGCUUUUGGACUGGAUUCUCUUUGCAUUUUCCUGAUGCCUUGAUUGAGAGUAAGCAAAAUUCUUUGAUGUUGACCAGAACUGUUGGAUACUUCUCCAUUAUUUUUUUAUAUAAUAAUAUGACUCGAUUAUCGUUUUCAUUCCGGAAGACGAAUUGAAUUGACUUUAAACAUGACAUUCUUUGAAGCGGAUUGUUGGUUACCUGGAGUGAUCGUAAUGGUAUGAUUGUAAUUUUUAGACUCGUACGGAGAGCCAGGGAUUAAUUUAUAGUAAAGAAAAGGACCAAUGAACUACUGUUCAGACGGUAGUACGUAAUAUUUCUCUGGCAUGGCAUCACUAAGACUAGAAGUAAUGGUUCCUUUUAUUAUUGAUAGCUGGAGCAGUCCUUUCUCUGUCUUGUGCCAAUACUGCAAUAGUGAUUCAUGUAUCAAGGCCUGAGCUACACUGUAGGCUGUAGUCUUCCCUGUCUCUCUUGUGGUUUUCUAUUCAUGAGGGCGAUCUACAAAGUGGCGUCAUAACUAUUUCCAACUGGCCGUUCAUGUAUUACAUGCAUAUACUUCUUAGCUGUGUGUUGUUGCUUGUUGCUGUGCAUGGUCAUACAUUUGUAUUGCAUAGUAUCAUGGCUAGCUUUCGUGCCGUACAACAGCGCGUGUGCGGUGGCUACGCCUCUGCUGUUUUGCCAGCUGACAGUGCUGCAUAAAUUACUUCAUCUUUGCCUUUUGUCUUCGGUUCUGUACCGACAUGGAAUGUUUUCGGUUUUAGUAGUUCCUUGGUUCGCGUUGUGUAGCUAGCUAGGCUGCUCUUUCAGGUGUAAUUGUAUUUGGAGUGAAAAGAUAAGAUAACGUGUUCCUUCGUGUGAACAUUCUGGUAGCAGAGGAUGGUUAUCGCCUGAGUGAGCAGUUCAGUUUCGGAAAUUUAAAUUAUUUAGAUCAUGUCGUCGCCGGAGCCUGAGAGUGAGAGCACAAUCAGGGCUAGCAGUCAGAGAACUGAGCUCUUUUUAGGUGCCAUGGCAGAGAGGGCAGGCGACGUGAUCGAGGAGGACGAGGAAGUCGAAGAGGACGAACAUGGUCAAAGUGACCAGCGAUCGAAUGAACUGAUGUUCGUGAAAAUGAAAGCUGAAAAAGCGAAUCGCAAGAGAAAGUUCACCAGGUGUCGCAGAGCCGUGAUCGUGGCCUUGCGUGACGGAGUUGAAGAGGAAGCUGCGAGGUCGUUGUUUGGCGAAUUAGAAAUGAUCGAGGAUGCCCUGAACGGUGUGUUCAUGGACGUACUCGAGUGGGCUGGCGGCAUGAACGAUGCGCUCGCAGUGGCUAAAGUGACCGAUGAGAUGGAGGAAGCGGAGAAAGAGAUGAAGGAGGUCACAAGGCUGUAUCAGGAGUUCCUAGAACACCAGCCAGCGUGGACGGCUGCACGGAACAGCCACCCAGACAGGCCAGCGUAUCAUCAGUAUGCCCAGGCACCAGUGGAAGAGCCAGGAAGUCCACUGAGCGUGAUAUCGCUGGGCAGAAGUGAAGGCUCCCAGGAUCGGGAUGAGCCUGGUGAUGGCGUGGCGCUGGUUCAGGAGAACCAGGCAAGAGUAGAAGACAGUGAUGAAGUGGUUGUGACCACAAGUGUCUCCGGCAGUAGUAACAGAGAGGCAGAGCUUGGGGCUAGAACAAGGCCACCAAUGGAAGCUGGGAGUAGGAGGUCAGAGCGUGAAAGAAGCCCUGCCUUGCCUGUACUACAGCCUGCUGUGCCAACACGGAGUGCUGUAUGUGUGUCCAGUGCAUAUACUAGAGUGAGUGAGACCAAGGCCCCUCAACUUCAAGUCGCGAAGAGUCCAGGCCAGCAGGGCAGUAGUACUCAGGCUCCUGUGUCAGGACUACACCCUACAUCAUCUCUGCCAUAUCAGUCCGCCAACUAUCUGUACACCCAGGCCAGUGGGCCGCCACAGGUAGCCUCAAGUCAUCAGGCCAUGGGCAUUGGUGCCUUUUCAGCAUUGCCAGGAGCAGGUGUGUCCGCCAGCCACCAGCGUGCUGUGUCUCAGCCUCCACCUGUCAAGCAGCCAUCAGAUGAAAUUUUCAAGCAACUGAAGGCUAUACAGAUCCCAGUCUUCGGCGGCGAUAAGCAGGCGUAUGCCUCAUGGAAGGCUGCUUUCAUGGCGUGUGUUGGUAGCUCGUCUGCAAGGGCAGACUUGAAACUGCUGCACCUCCGGCAGUAUUUGAGUGGAGAUGCCUUGGCUUCCAUCGAGAGCUUGGGAUACACCCCGUCUGCGUAUGAGGCCGCAAUGAGGCGGUUAGACCGCAAGUUUGGAGGCGACCAACGACAGCUGUCGCUGCAGUACGAGCAAGUCGAGGCCUGCCCAAUCAUUCGUUCCGGCCGAGCAGGAGAUCUCCAGAAGUUUGCAGAUCUCCUCGACGUACUCGUGGUCAACCUCCUCGACUCCGGAAAAGGCAAUGAGCUGGGUGAUGGGCUGUUGUACCGGAAGCUCCUGGCCAAGUUGCCGGCUGGGAUGUUAACCCAAUUCAAUCGAUGGUGUCAUCAGAAGCCCUGCCAGCCAGGAAUUCAAGCACUACUGGAGUGGGUGACGUUGGAAGCGGAGUUUGCCGUUGGAGCGUCCGAAGCACUAGAUGGAGUUGGUGCGAAGGACAAGCCUCCGGCACCCCGAAAUGCUCCUCAACGAUCCUACUUCGGGGGAAAGGCUUCGCAGAAUGCAGGGUGGUCAAGGCCUGCGGGCUCAGCGGCUGGACGAUCUUCAUGUCGGCAAUGUGGCGGACCUCACGGUGUCUGGCAGUGUAAAGCAUUUCAGCAGCUUUCCGUCGCCAAUCGCUGGAGACAGGCUAAACAGCAUGGUCUGUGCUACCGCUGCCUUGGAGGCGAUCACCAAGGUCACCACUGUCCACGAACCAGACCCUGCUCAGUGAGCGGCUGCAACAACAAUCACCACUACUUGCUACACCGGGACUUGCUACACGAGGACAGCAGGAACCCCGAUGCCGCACAGUCAAACAAGAAAAAAUCGGGGAACACGGCAGCUGGAGGAAUGACGGCGGACAAGUCCCAACUCAGUCCUGCCGAACAAUUCUGCAACUAUGGAGACAAUGGUUCAGGUCAGGAGACAGGGGACCAGGUAUUGCCUCCCGCCAUCGACUGUUUAGUAACGCCGCCAUACGCCGGUAAAGACCAAGAGCAGCGCACCCCACAGUCGUUCACCGAGGGGGAGACGGAGUCCACGAAGAGUGAUUCCACCAUGAUGGUCCAAGGCCCGGGCAAGAUAGCUCUGCGAACGGUCUCAGUCGUCUUGGAGAACGGCCACAAGUCAGUGCAAGUGAAUGCGUUGCUGGACGACGGUAGCACAACGAGCUACCUCAACGGCAGCAUUGCCAACCAGCUCGGCGUCAGCGGGGAGCUGAGGACAUUCACGGUCCACACCUUGAAUGGCAAGCAGACCUCAUUCACAACCAGACCAGUAAGCUUCACCAUUGGCAGCAUGGAUGGCAGUGUUCGGCAAUCUAUGACGGCGCUGACGGCUGAUUCGGUCACCGGGAAUCUUCGUCCGGUAGAGUGGGUCAAGGAAGCAGUCAAGUAUCCUCAUCUGAGAGAGAUUCCGUUCGCAAGACUGGCGGAGCCCGCCAGGGUCGAUCUGCUGAUUGGGAGCGACUAUGCUGAGCUGCUUGUGUCACAGCAGGAAGUGGUCGGCCCGCCUGGUCAACCAGUGGCGCGUCAUACUCCACUGGGUUGGACCUGUGUUGGCAGAGUGACGGGAACCCACUCGAGUCAAAGGACGUUCCACAGCCAAGCGUUUCAGAGUGAGGAGAGAGCAACACCAACCGGCUUAGAGACCGCGCUACAGCAGUUCUGGCAAAUUGACAGCUGCGGCACGGAGGAGAGCUUCAGUGAGCCCGGCCCGCGCUCGCUGGAGGAAGAGACAGCCCUAGACAUCGUCAAACACUCGCUGAAGAAGGUGGACGGUCGGUACCAGGUGUCUCUGCCGUGGAACAAUCGCAAGAGAGAAUUAUGCAACAACUUGGGUGCGGCUACGAAACGUCUAGGCCACACCGAGCGCAAGCUCCUGAAAGACCCAUUCGUUGCCCAGGCUUAUGGCCAAGUCUUCCAGGCCUACCAGAGGAACGGCUAUAUCCGUGAGCUCGCGAAGGAAGAGCUAGGUCAAGAGGUAUGCUGGUACUUAUCCCACUUUCCCAUCGUCCGACCGCAGAAGACGACAACCAAGGUGCGGAUCGUCUUUGACGCUGCAGCAUCCUGUCAUGGCCUCAGCCUCAACGACGCCAUCUACCCUGGUCCGAAGCUCCAACGUGAGUUGUUCGAUGUGUUGACCAGGUUUCGGCAAAAGCCUAUAGCAGUGGGCUGUGACGUGACCGAAAUGUAUUUGCAGGUGUCGGUUGCGCCAGCAGACAGGAAGUACCUCAGAUUCGUGUGGCGGGACCUGGAUCCAGCCAAGCCUUUACGGCACUUUGAGUUCAACCGCCUGGUCUUUGGCGUCAAUGCUGCACCAUUCAUCGCCCAGUAUGUUGCUCAGCAGACAGCCCGGGAACAUUUGGCGUCUCAUCCCCUGGCAGCAGAAGCUAUCCUCGCGUCCACCUACAUGGAUGACACGAUGGACAGCACCAAAGAUGUCGAACAAGGUCAGAUUCUUCAUCGGGAGCUAAUGGAUCUGUGGGGUGAGGCCAAGAUGACGCCGCGCAAGUGGGUGUCCAACUCGCCCGAGCUCCUGAGGGUAAUUCCAGCCGAGGCUCGCGCUACCCAGCUGGACUUAUCCCAAGGAGAGCUACCAUCCGUGAAGACGCUAGGAGUGUCAUGGGACGGUCAGGCAGACUGCUUCUUCUUCAGCGUUCAACCGCCAGACCUCACCAACCAACGCAUCACCAAGCGAUUCCUCCUAGCAAAAGUCGCGUCCGUAUUCGACCCGUUGGGGUUUCUGGCACCGUUCGUGACCCAAGCCAAGAUCCUCAUGCAAGAGAGUUGGGUAGCUGGUAUUGACUGGGAUGAACCGGUUCCAGAUGGCAUCGACACCAGCGCUCGCCAGUGGUUCAAUGACCUGGCGAAGCUCAGUUUAGUUCGAGUACCAAGAUGUCUCAUCCCGGACGUGGCCAGUGGAGUGACGCUGCAUGUUUUCUGUGAUGCGUCGAGUGUGGCGUAUGGUGCCGUGGUCUACAGCUCCACCGUGCAGUGUGGCUCUGAGGGAAACGUUCGUCUCGCUGGAGCCAAGAGCAGAGUGGCGCCGACAAGAACACAAAGUAUCCCCCGGCUGGAAUUGCUGGCGGCUGUGCUUGGCCUUCAGCUGGCCCGGAAGUUCAGUCAGAUCAUGACCAUUGCCAUGUCAGAGGUGAUUUUCUGGAGCGACAGUGCAACUGUGCUGCUCUGGAUUCGCAGCUACAGCCGACGUUUCAAACCGUUUGUGGCGAAUCGCAUCAGCCACAUCCAGACUGUUACGUCGCCCAGUCAAUGGCGGUACGUUCCCUCCAGCGACAACCCAGCUGACUUGGCGUCACGGGGAGCUGGGGUAGAGCAACUGGUUGCAACUGAGCUGUGGUGGCAAGGACCGGCCUUCCUGCAGAAAGAAGAAUCUGAAUGGCCAGCCAAGAUCGUGGGUGGCCAAGACCCAGCUGCUCGAGCGGAAGCUCGCAAGGCUGCACAGCCCGAGGUGAUGUCAUUUAUGUCCGAGAAAGUACCCAGCUUGUGCUCUCGGCGCUUCUCAGACUGGACGCGCGUAGUCAGAGUACGGGCUUGGGCAAUUCGCUUCAUCACCAACUGCCGUGGAGGUGAGGAGUUGAGCGGAGAGCUAACCGGCGAGGAGAUGGACGCUGCCAGCCUUUCCAUCAUCAAAGAGGCACAGCACGAGGCAUUCGCGGAGGAUCUGAAGCUAGUGAAGAAUGGUCAACCACUUCCGCUGAAGUCACGUUUGGCGAGGUUAUCGCCUCGACUGGACGACGACGGACUAUUGCGCUGCGAUGGUCGCACCAAGCUGGCUGACUGGUUGCCGUUUGAUGUGCGCUUCCCGAUUCUUCUCCCCCGGAAACAUCCGACCACCCGGCUUAUUGUCAAAGAUUGCCAUGAGCAACGUCAUCAUGGCGGGACGAAUGAAACGUUGGCAGCUCUCUCUGAUCACUAUCUUGUCGAAGCAGCACGGGAGGAGAUCCGUGACUGGGAGAAAGACUGCAUGGUGUGUCGACGACUAAAAGCCCGUGCGGGAGAGCAAAUCAUGGCCCCGUUGCCAGCAAAGCGAUUGUGUGAGCCACUGAGAGCCUUCAGCAGGGUAGCCGUUGACUACGGAGGGCCGUUCGAAACUAUGCAGGGGAGAGGAAAGACUCGCCACAAACGCUAUCUGUGCCUCUUCACGUGUUUGCUGACUCGUGCGGUCCAUUUGGAGAUGGCGUACGCAUUGGAUGCAAAUUCUUUCCUGAACGCCUUUAACCGGAUGGCCAACCGACGAGGUUGUCCAAUGGAGGUUCUGUCGGACAAUGGAGGCAACUUCGUGAAUGCCGACCGCCAGCUACGUGAGCUUGUUGGCCAACUGAACAAUACCACCGUCCGGAAAGCCAUGGCCUGCAGACGCGUGAAAUGGAGUUUCAACCCGCCAUUAGCUCCUCAUUUCGGGGGAGUUCACGAGGCAAUGAUUCGAGCCGCCAAACGAGCUCUACACGCCAUCCUUGGAGACGCAUCUGUGACGGACGAGGAGUUGGUCACCGCUCUCAGCGGAGCAGAGUCCCUCGUCAACUCCAGGCCCAUCACCUACCAAUCGGCUAGUCCGAAGGAUCCAGGGCCGCUAACUCCGAACCAUUUCCUUCAUGGCAUGGCCGAGGGCCAGCUGGUUAUUGCAACAACGGACGAGAAGGGGUGUCAACUGCAGAGACGUUGGAGAUAUGUUCAAAUGCUCAUCGACCAUUUCUGGCAUCGCUGGCUGAAAGAGUUUGUCCCACGGUUGAAUCAGCGGAUGAAGUGGCGACACCAGCGACGCGAUCUGGCCGUUGACGACGUUGUCCUGGUGAUGGAUUCAAGCUCCCCGCGUGGGCGUUGGCCGCUCGGCAGAGUCACGGAAGUUUUCCCUGGUCCGGACGGUCAUGUGCGUGUGGUGGCCAUGCAAGUGGGCGGGAAGACUCUGAAGAGAUCCAUCACUCGAGUCUGUCCACUGGAAUGUUAGACGGCUCUCCCUACAUGCCAGAAUGGAGGUACUGCUCAGUGACGACCCCCAUUAAUGAUUCAUGCAUUGUUUUUGUUUUUUUGUAGCUUCCUACCACUGAACUUGCCCUUUCGAUUCACUUUUCUCUUAGCUUGGUACUGGUAGUUGUAAGGAUAGGCAUCAUGCAACAUCUGGGUGCAUAUUGCGAGGGGGAGGAUGUUCAGACGGUAGUACGUAAUAUUUCUCUGGCAUGGCAUCACUAAGACUAGAAGUAAUGGUUCCUUUUAUUAUUGAUAGCUGGAGCAGUCCUUUCUCUGUCUUGUGCCAAUACUGCAAUAGUGAUUCAUGUAUCAAGGCCUGAGCUACACUGUAGGCUGUAGUCUUCCCUGUCUCUCUUGUGGUUUUCUAUUCAUGAGGGCGAUCUACAAAGUGGCGUCAUAACUAUUUCCAACUGGCCGUUCAUGUAUUACAUGCAUAUACUUCUUAGCUGUGUGUUGUUGCUUGUUGCUGUGCAUGGUCAUACAUUUGUAUUGCAUAGUAUCAUGGCUAGCUUUCGUGCCGUACAACAGCGCGUGUGCGGUGGCUACGCCUCUGCUGUUUUGCCAGCUGACAGUGCUGCAUAAAUUACUUCAUCUUUGCCUUUUGUCUUCGGUUCUGUACCGACAUGGAAUGUUUUCGGUUUUAGUAGUUCCUUGGUUCGCGUUGUGUAGCUAGCUAGGCUGCUCUUUCAGGUGUAAUUGUAUUUGGAGUGAAAAGAUAAGAUAACGUGU